AUGGGCCCUGGCCAGGUCCUCGUGGGCUGCCUGUGGCUGCUGGCGCUGCGGGGCGCGGGGGGCCGGGGGGAGCCGCGGCCGUCGGCGCUGCCUGAGGACACGGCGCAGGAGUACGGCUACUACCUGCAGCAGCUCUUCAGGCAGUACGGGGCCAACGGGACGCUGCCCUUCAAGGGGCUGGCGCGGCUGCUGGGCAGCCUGGGGCUGGGCCGCGUGCAGGUGGUGCAGAUCCAGCACGAGGAGCUGGGCCACGGCCACGUCAGCCACCUCGACCUGCUGGAGGUGCAGGAGGAGAAGCAUCGCCACCGCCACCCGGCCUGGGAGCACGGCAGCGGUGCCGCGACCGGGGGGCGCCCGCCCAGCCCUGAGCCCCCCCGCACGGAGCCGUCGCCUGCCGCCGAGCCCCCCGGCCCCGGGGGCACCCCUGGGGGCGGUGGGGGCCCCGUCCCAACCUGGCGGGAGCAGCCCAGCCUCAGCCUGCUGGGGAGGGUGCUGGGCUUGGACCACUCCAGCUACGACCACCCGCACGAUGACUGCCUCAACGUGACCCAGCUGCUGGUGAAUUUUGGGCUGGCCUCGGUGUCCCAGCUCACGCCCGAGCAGUUCACGCUGCUCUGCCCGGCCCUGCUCUACCAGAUCGACAGCCGCGUCUGCAUCCAGCACCACGAUGAGGUGACGCUGCCUCCCCCGGGGGGGGCCCUGUGGCCAGCGCUGGGCUGGGGGCUCCUGGCCAUUGCCUUCAUCAGCCUGCCCUCGGCCCUGGCCGUUGGCUUCGUCCCGCUGCUGAGCCGCGGCUUCUUCCGCUCGCUGCUGGCCUUCCUGGUGGCGCUGGCCGUGGGCACGCUCUGCGGGGACGCCCUGCUCCACCUCUGGCCCCACGCCCAGGGGCGGCACCAGGAGACGCCAGGGGAGCCGUGGGCUGCAGCGGUGCUGCAGGGACUGGCGGUGCUGGGGGGCAUCUACCUGCUCUUCGUGGUGGAGCUUCUCCUGGGGAUGCUGCGGUGCAGCCGCGAGGCCACGCGACACCCCACCGGAGAGGCCCCCGAUGCAGCCACCGGCGUCCUAGCCCCGUCUCGUGGCGGGGCUGAGCUGCGAUGCCUGACGGCCCCAGAGCCCGAGCUGGAGCCCAAACCCCACGGACCCCCCCACGGACACUCCCACGGACACUCCCACAGCCCCGCGCUGCCCCCCAGCCCCAGGGCCACUGACCUGGUGUGGAUGGUGGUGCUGGGGGACGGGAUCCACAACCUGACGGACGGGCUGGCCAUCGGUGCUUCCUUCUCCCACAGCCUCUCCAGUGGCCUCAGCACGGCGCUGGCUGUGCUCUGCCACGAGCUGCCCCACGAGCUGGGCGACCUGGCGGUGCUGCUGCGGGCGGGCAUGGCACCGCGCACCCUCCUGCUCCUCAACCUGCUCUCGGCUCUGCUUUCCUGCCUGGGGGCGGCCGUGGGGGCGGCCGUGGGGCAGAGCGCGGCGCACCUUACCCCAUGGAUCCUCACCGUCACCGCCGGCACCUUCCUCUAUGUGGCCCUGGCCGACAUGCUCCCCGAGGUGCUGCGGGGUCCUGGAGAGGGCACCCUGGGCCACUUCAUCCUGCAGAACGCGGGGUUCCUGCUGGGCAGUGGCAUCAUGCUGGGCAUCGCCCUGGCCGAGGGCCACAUCAGCGCCUUGCUGCAGCCCUGA